AUGCCUGCCACUCUCUUGGUCUUGUUCUUGUUGCCAUCCAAGCUCUUGCGCGAGCGCACGCGCCAUCAAGCUGGCAUUUUCCUCCAGGUCGUCGCUCCAAACCCUCACCGCGGCUGGAGCGCUGUUGUGAAAGAGAAGUUAGCAGAACUUCUCAAAUUCAAUGCGGCACGUGAUGGCGAGAGGGGUGGCUACGAUGUGAGGGAGUCCCUGGAUCUCGGGUCCGAGCAGGACACGGUCACUCCGAAUCUCUGGGUGCCCGAGGCAGACCUGCCGGGCUUCCGCGAGUUCAUGGGCGACUUUUACGAGCAGUGCCAUUCGAUGCACAUCCUGCUCCUCGAGGCCGUUGCGCUGUCCUUUUCCCUCGAUCCGCAGUGCCUCGCGCGUCAAUGCCAGAAGGACAAGACACACAACCCAAGCGAGCUGCGGCUCAACCACUACCCAGCCACCCGCGCGGCUUCUCUGGCAGCCGGCAAUAAGACGAUGCGUAUCUCACCGCAUACCGACUUUGGUCUGAUCACUCUACCAAAACCUCCAUGCUCACGGGUCUCCUCUUGCUAA